AUGUUACCCCGAGAAGGCGAAUAUCUGGCUUUCGAACGAGUCUCGAACGCCGCUGGUUCCAAGUCCUCCACCAUCAAGUCGUCCACGGCGCCCUCUCUUAUCCGUACCGUAAUCGCCAGCCCCAAACCGCCGCCAAAUCUCGAUGCCGAAGCCUACUACGCACGAUGGAUGGCUAUUCUGGCGGUCACCAUGGCAGUGGUAGCACUAUUAACUGCCGUGCUGGCUAUACCAUUAUUGUACGCGUAUCUUCAAUAUGCGCAUAACGUCACAAGCGAUGAACUGGAUUUUUGCGUAGCGAGAUUGACGGAUUUGAACAACCUUUUUGAGGCGGUGAGUGAUACUAAUGAUACUUAACCCCGUUCUUUAGAUACUCAAACCCGCAUAAAAAUACAAUUAAAGCCUGUUUGAAAAUUCUUUUCAGUUCCAAGAACGACUUCAUUUGGAAGGUCGCACAUUGCAUAACAUUCACAAACGUGAAGACGCUACAAUAGAUGUUAGGGAACGUCCCACCUCUCCAAGGCUGGACCGACUUUCGCGACGGCCAAAUCAACGACAACCGAAAGGCCCAAGAGUUCGAAAUUUUGGCCGAACUCGUUCGCAAACUCAAGUUGAAGUCUCCGCUCGACAUGCUCAAGGUCCACAGGCGCUAGCACAACAAAGCUACCCACCUCAGCAACCUCUCAGCCAUAUCCCAAGAUAUAAUGUGCCGGCCAGUCACGGUUAUGUGACACCCGCUUUCCCGGUGGCACAAUACAACGUUCAGCCUCCGUUGCGACCUCCGUUUAAUCCUCCACCAGCGCCCCCAAUGCGUCCGCCAACCGCUCAGCCGUAUACAACGAAUGUUCCGUCCGGCGGGAGGCCGAGACGGCCAAGGCCGCAGCAAAAGCAAGGCCAAUGUUGUGGCUACCAAUAUGGGAAACCGGGCCCACCGGGACCACCAGGGCCUGACGGAAACGAUGGUAGGUCCGGUUUCUAUUGUGGGGGACCGGAUCCAGUGGCAAAAAGGGCACCAUUUCGGAUCAGGGAGGUAUCAAAAAUGUGGCAAAAUGCUUCCACCUCCAAGUGAAAAAACUUCGUUUUGAAGAGCGCGCCCUUGUUCCUCACAAAAAGUGCGGGUUGAAAUCGGAGUUUUUUCACUUGGAGAGGGAGGUAUUUUGCCACAUUUUCUGAUGCUCCUGGAUGCAAAAUGGUACAUUUUUUGCCACCGGAUCAGGUCCCCCACUGUAAUCAUGAGCAUUACACCGCAAUUACUGUCCUUCUGACUACAGGGAGAUAUUGAGUCAUCAAAAAAAUUAUUUCAGGCCUCGAUGGAACCCCCGGAAAGCCAGGACUUCCUGGGCUAGACGCCCCAUUGAAUUCAGCUCCUAAUUUCUGCUAUGACUGUCCCGAUGGACCACCAGGACCAGCCGGGACUCCUGGUCCGAAAGGACCAAUCGGAAAGCCGGGGAAGCCUGGCACUCCAGGACCUCCCGGCUUUUCUAAAGCCGGCUCAGCCGGUUCUCCCGGAGCUAAAGGAUACCCGGGCGCACCUGGAACUCCAGGAACCCCUGGUCAUGAUGGACAGCUUCUAUUGAUCCCAACGUUCGGCCCUCCCGGUCCAACUGGGCCAGCAGGACCGCGGGGACCUCCAGGCCCUCAAGGUAGUCCAGGAAAUCCGGGACAACCCGGUCCCCCAGGCCCAGUAGGCCCUCAAGGACGGGAUGGUUACCCGGGAAAGUGUGGAAAGCCGGGAGCGAUCGGAAUGAAUGGACCACAAGGGCCCAUGUCGAGCUGCGAUCAUUGUGCGACACCAAGGACACCACCCGGAUAUUAGGCGGAAUUUUGGUACUAAUUUGUAAUCAUUGUAAUAAUAGCAUCUUUUUAGAGUAAAUAAAUAAUUUUGAGAAUUUUUUUCCUUUUGGUUUUAGUUUACUGCUGAUUUCGACAUUAAUUUUCUUAAUUGCCAAGGCUAAAACGACACAAGAGAUAAAGCUAAGGCAGAGCUCCCAUUUUCAUCCUCUUCUGGACAGCAGGCCAGCCCUAGUACUCUUUCCGAGCCAGAGAAGCAAACAAUUCUCGCGAAAGCCUCGCCUUUUUCUAGAAAUUUCUGUGUUUAUCGCAAUAUUUCGGACGCGAGACGAAAAAGAGAGACAAUUGUUCGCACUUUUUGCAGAGCGCACCAAAGAAGCGAGGGAUAGCGCGAGAGAGUGAAGACAUCUUUUUGUUUUCCGUGGGACAUUUUGUUGCCAGAGAGAAAAGACGCGAAAAAAUAAUAGAAGGGAAAAUAAGAGAAGCGAUAGAAAUGGCGUCCGAGACGGAGGAAGAAGCGAAAGAAAAACGCGUUCUUCCAUUUUGUCUGUUAUUUUUCGAUUAUUCAUGGUGUGAAAGCACAUUAUCUCGUGGGGGAAAGUCGUCAAAACACGUUGUAUUAGAGAGCUAGAUGCUGAAUGAUCAAAUUUGUGUCGUUUUCGCGAUUUCACAGCGAACUUUUGACGAAUUCGAAAUUCAGCACGUAAAAUAAGGUUGCUGUUACAAUAUUUUAUGCUAUUCGGUUUUCUGGAAAUUACCCGUGCUUUUUGUUAUUUUCCCAGUAAAAUCGUAAAUUCCAAAUUUGCGAACAUUUUUUACUUUUUCUUAUUUUUAGGUAACACCUGCGACAAGAUGAGCCGAGUUUACGUUGGAAAUUUGCCUUACGAUGCUAGAAUGAAGGACAUUGACAAAUUCUUCCGUGGUUAUGGCCGUAUCAACGAUAUUUUGAUGAAACGAGGCUAUUGCUUUGUUGAAUUUGACGACCGCCGCGAUGCGGAAGAUGCCGUUUAUGAUUUGGAUGGUGAGAGAAUGCUGGGAGUGAGGUAAGUCUUUCUUAUUGUUUGUUUUGUGUUUUAGGCCUAUUUUUUCCAUGGUUUUCGAUGUUAAUCAUGAUGAUUUAGAGUCUCAGUGGAGAUGGCCAAAUCUCGUCCUUACCGAGAAAGAUACCGUUCCCCAGUCUACGACAGAUACAGUCGCAGAUCAUACACCAGAUCUCGCUCACGUUCCGGUCGCUACCGAUCCCGUUCUCGAAGCUAUGAACGUCGCUCUGACCGCCGUUCCAGGUCUCGAAGCACCUCCAGAUCUCCAAAGCGCUAUGAGAGGGACUCAAGAUCUCGAACCAGAAGCCCAUCACGUUCCCAUACUCCAAGAUCUGAGCGAAGAUCGAGCAGUCCAGCCAAGUCUUACCGUUCCAGAAGCCGUUCUUACAGCCGGACUCCAAGAAGAAGCGAAUCUCCGGUUGACCGAAGCCGAAGUGUCUCCCGCGGCCGCUCCGAAAGCCGUUCCAGAUCUCGUUCCCCCUAUUGAUUAUCACCUAUUCCUGGGUGCACCAUGAAUCCAGAGCAUCUCUGCCGCACGUAAAAUAAUCCAGAUUUACAUUUUAUUUUUUCUCCCCGAAUCACAUUGUAUUUGUCAUAAUUAGUAAAUGUCCUGCAUUUUAGAAGCGAUCGAGCGAAUCCGUUGCGAAACCCCGGGGCGUUCGAUACGAAUCGUCUGCAUACGCAAGUUAAAUUGGGCGGGCAUGGGUAAUAUAGUAAAAAGUUUAAAAGUAAUAUUCUUAUAGAGGCGAGUCGAACGUUACAUCACGCUCUCCCAGCCUCAUUGAACAUCACAGGUAAUAUGCCUCUUAUUUAUUCCUUAUAAAACAAGCAAAAUCAUCGGAUUUCAAUUUUUUGCCUAGUGUAAUGUAAAAAAUGGUCGGCUCUUGAAUGAGAAUUGAAUCCAAUUAUUGGAUAGUAUAUACCGUGGGUCUAAUAGCGCUUAUUUUACACAGUUCUGCUUCCCGUGGUGUUGUGUUACUGUAGAGUGUCUAUCGUAUAAAAUGUCACUCGCAGAUUGUUUUGGGUCUUGGUGGCGAGCUGCGCCCGUACUCCGCUUUCCAGAAGGUGCGCAAAAGUGGCGUUGAAUGAAAGUGAUUAUGAGGAGAAGAUGUGUUUUAUUGUCUUUUCAGGUUAUGUUUUACAUUUUGUAACAUUUGUCACAGUUUCUGGCAAAACCGGGGUUUUUUAAAUUCGCGUUUGUAAUCCCGCCGAUUUUUUUCUCGUGGUGCGCUCGUUUUUCUAUCGCACAGGAUAAUGUGGAGUGUGCGUAACUCGUCUUCGAUUGCGAUCGUCUAGACACGCGUUUCGCUGCAUUUUCUGCCACUUUUUUUUUUUUGAUUUUCUCUGUAUUAUUCUUCAUACUAAACACGUGGUUUACCCAGACAUUUUAAUCAAUUUUUGUGUUUUUUCGCGAUCGUAACGUUUGAAUUUAUUUUGCAGACCUUUCCUAAUCAAUUUGGUUGUUUUUAGACGUCCUCAACGAUCUGAGUACACCACAAUGAGCACUCGAGUUUAUGUUGGGCAUUUGCCGUAUGAUGCUCGAGAGCGCGACAUCGAACGGUUCUUUGAUGGUUAUGGCCGGAUUCGAGACAUCUUGCUGAAGCGGGGAUACUGCUUUGUCGAGUUUUCGGACCCCAGGGACGCCGAUGAUGCGGUUUAUGAUCUCCACGGCAGGUCUAUGUUGGGAAUGAGGCAAGAAUUUUUUUAUUAUUUCUGUUUUUAGGUUCUGGCUUCUUGCUACGUGAAACGGGACAAGAAAUAUGUCCAGCCCCUCUCUAUGUCUGGGGAUUUUAAUAUUUUGCAUUGAUUUUUCGAUGUCUUGAUAUAAAUUAACUACUCAUUUUCAGAGUGGUCGUUGAACUUGCCAAAGGACGUCAACGCGGAAGUCGUGGUCGCUUCCGUUCCGUGUCACGCUCUCCUCGCCGAUAUUCUCGUCGUUCUAGGUCCCGUUCUCGAUCUCAUCGCCGUUCCAGAAGGGAUUCACGGUCGCCCCGGCGUUCGUCUCGACGUUCUCCAUCAAGAUCGGCGUCCAGAAGUCCCCGAAGAGAUUCAAGAAGCCCAAAAAGAGAUUCAAGAAGUCCUAA